AUGACCACCUUUUGUGUGAUGAAACUUUUAUGUCACGCAACCAGAAAUGAGAAUGGAUAUGCAAAAAGAUUCUUUGGUACUCUCCUGACACAGACAGCACAAAAGGGAGUCUUUUCUCCAUUCUGCAUGGUAGUACCUGACCCUAAAAAGACAACAGUGUUCGGACUUGCUCAGCCGUUUUGUACGGCUGAAAAAUCUCACAGAGAACCAAAACAGAAAACAGCGUUUGGAAGUGUUGGGCGAAGAAUUCCAUAUCGAAUUUUGCACGUCCUCAACCAGGACGGAGAGAGCUUAGGAAAUAUGCACCGAGCGGAUGCACUCAGACUUAUGGAUCAGCAUGGCCUGAAACUCGUUCUGCUUCGUGAGAACGUCGACCCUCCUGUGUACAGGCUAAUGACUGGGCAGCAGAUUCAUGAAGAGCAGCUUAAGCGUGCAGAGAAGAAAAAAGCAAGUUCAAAAGCAGGGCUAGUUCAGAAGGAGUUAUCCUUUUCUUCAGCUAUUGCUAAGAACGACUUGGAGACCAAGACUAAGCAGAUAGCACACUGGAUUGAAAAGAAGUACCACGUUAAAGUUACCGUCCGCCAAGCAAAGGACAGCAAUACAGACAUGUUCAUCCUUUUUGAUCGGAUUUUGGAGACUGUGUCUGACAAAGCCACUUACCUUUCCAAGCCAAAAGCUAUUAAAGAAGGAACAGGUACCUGUAUUUUGAGACACAUGUCUGACAAAGAGUUGCAAGCACACCAGAAGGCGGAAAAGCAGAAAAACAGUGCAGUAAACAAAGAUGGAAAUGAAGAUCAGAAGUCAAGUGGGGUGUCUCAGUGACUUUAUGAAGAGGUAUAAACAAUAUUAAUUUCUUAUUUAAAAAUAAAAAAUAAAGUGUUUUUUGUUGA